ACGUCAUCUGAACAAUGAAGAUUUCUAGGACUGUACAGGUAGGCGUGGUAGUAGCCAUUCUAGCAGCUUUGGUGUCUUGUGAUGAUAAAGAUGAGAAGAAGAGGAAGCUUCAGAUUGGCGUGAAGAAGAGGGUGGAUCCAGAUAAGUGUACCAUAAAAUCAAGAAAGGGAGAUGUACUGAAAAUGCAUUACACAGGAACACUGGAAGAUGGCACUAAAUUUGACAGCAGCCUAGACAGAAAUGAACCAUUCAAGUUCACCCUUGGGUCAGGACAGGUGAUCAAAGGCUGGGACCAGGGACUUCUGGGAAUGUGUGAGGGAGAGAAGAGGAAGCUGGUUAUCCCCUCUGACAUGGGUUAUGGGGACCGUGGAGCUCCUCCCAAGAUUCCUCCCAAAGCUGUGCUUAUAUUUGAGGUGGAACUUCUAGGAAUUGAGAGAAAUGAUGAACUCUAAAAAAUGCAGAGUGCUUUAUUUAUCAACAAGUGGCUUUAUCAUGUAGCAUUCAAAAAAUCUGACUAUUCAUCUGUGUCUAUUUGAGAAUGGAAGGCUUCAUUUUUAUCAAUGAAUAGAGAGAAUGUUUGAUAGAUUAAGUGUCUAAAAUUUUCAUGUAUCAAUGUUGUUACAGUGGUGAAACACUGUAUUCUUCAUUUUAUGACAUGGCAAAUUUGUAUUUAAAAGGUUUUUUUAAAAUUAAAGACAACAAUUUACUGAUA